AUCCCUCUCCCCAUCCCCUUUGCCAGCGCUCCCAAUGGCAACCAACAACAUCCAACAACUCUUUGCGGAGAUCGAGCGCCAUAUCAAGCGCGAGGAACACGAUAAAGUCCUCACCUUCUGCGACAAGAUCCUCACGAUAGACUCAAAGGACAAGGACGCCCUGCACUGCAAGGCCAUCACCCUCAUCCGUCUCGAGCGCUACACCGACGCCCUCGUCAUCAUCAACCGCCAGCUCGAUCCCAAAAUCUUCACUUUCGAAAAGGCCUACUGUCUCUACCGGACCAAUCAGCUCUCUGAUGGUGCCCUUCUCAUCUCUCAAAAGCGACAAUCCCUCCAACCAAUGGAGCAGCUCUCCUGGGACCUUCGUCACCUCGAGGCCCAGAUGCUCUACCGCAUGGAACGCUACCAGGAUUGUCUGAAACUCUAUGCGGGCAUGCUCAAGGAUACCCGCAAAUCCGAGGACACCUAUAAUGAUAUCUUGACGAACUUUCAUGCCUGCAAGGCCGCAGUGCUCUACGCGGGUGAGACCCUGGAUGAGAAGUGGGAUCGGGCCGAGGAUGAACACGAUAUGGCGCUGGCGACAUACGAGUUGAGCUUUAAUGCCGCUUGUGAAAAAAUCGCAAAGGGAGAGUAUCAGCAAGCCUUAAAGCUGUUGGAUGAGGCCAAGAAGGUCUGCAGGGAGGCUCUGAAGGAUUAUGAUGAGGACGAGAUCGAACAGGAGAUGGCGAUCCUGGUCGUCCAAACCGCCUACGUCUACCAACUCUUGGGACGCGUCGAACAGGCCCGUGAGUUCUAUCACACCGUCCUGAAGAUCAAGGCCCUGGAAGUGACAGUUCCAGCCGUGGCAGCCAACAACCUAGUCGUGAUCCAAAAACAGGACGACCUCUUCGACUCCAACAAGAAAAUCAAGACUGCAACGACCAAAGCUCUCGGCGUCAAAUUCUUCUCCUCUCAGAAACGUACCAUCGCCAUGAACGAACUUCUUCUGUCUCUCUACCAAUCCAAAUUCGUUGCCUGUCGAGACUCGGCCCGUCAGUUACUCAAAUCCCAACCGGACAACGACGCCCUCUACCUGAUUCUUGCGGCCACCACCUAUAAGCAAAAAAAGACGGCCAAAGCACUCGAGGAGCUGAAGGAAUAUGCCACCCAGCGUCCGGAAUCUGUGGCCAUUCAGUUUGCGAUUGUCCAGCUGGAAUUGCUGAAUGCGCAGGAUUAUACAGCUGCGAUUGAGUCCUUGACCAGAUUCUUGAAGGCCUUACCCGAGAAGGAGCAGCAUCGUCCCGGGUAUGUCGCGCUGUUGGUUUGGUUGUACGAUCAAGCCGGUCAAGGUGAGAAGGGUGUCGAUCUCUUGAGCGAAGCGAGCGCGGUUUGGGCCAAGAGCAACAAGCAAACCAAAACUGGAAGUGCCACGCAUAUGCCUCUGACGCUACUGAAACAGACCGCCGCGUUCAAGUUGCGCUCUCAUCGGUACAAGGACGCCGCGAAGGACUAUGAGGAACUCGUCCGUGCAGACCCCUCAGAUCCGGCGGCCAUCGCUGGCUUGAUCAUGGCCUAUUCGGAAUUUGAACCAGCCCUUGCAGAGAAGUAUGGCGCUUCGUUGCCGGAGAUGAAGAACGUGAUGGCCCUGGAUGUGGACGCGCUCGAACGCGUCGUUCCAGGGCUCAAGCGCGAGUACGUCUCCACUGAGAUCACCAACGCUGCUGCUGGAGCUGGCGCUGGUGGUCGUAGACGUCCGACCUCGAGACCCCGUCGCACGGGGGCCCGGAAGGCCCAUAAGCGCAGACCGUUGUUGCCCAAGAACUUUGACCCCGCGACCGCGAGUACUGCAGAUCCGGAGAGAUGGUUGCCGAAGCGUGACAGGGCCGCAGCUCGCUUGGCCAGGACCCGUAAGACAGGUGCUGGAUCGAGGAAGGAUAUGGGUAAGGGACCUCAGGGGUUGAACAUGGAGGGCGGUGGAAUUGGUGGUACAGGAAGCGCCAGGAUCGCGGGAAGAGAGCAUAUUGUUCCAGUUACUGCCCCGGAACCUGUCGCGGCUGCCAAGAUCGAUGAAAUCAUUGAUGUGGCCGCUGUGGCCAAGGCUAAGAGCUCGGCCUCGAGCGCGAACAAAAAGAAGAAGGGCAAGGGCAAAGGCAAGUGGUGAAUAUCAUUCAGGAUGCUCGACAUGCUCCGGGUGACGUUUGUACAGAGUAGCAAUAAAAACGACGAUGAUUACUGC